CCGAGUCGUUUGUGAAGACGCACACAAGGAAAGACGGCACUUACCUGAACGAGCGGACACGGGACCUAUGCGAGCGGAUGACACAGAGUUUGUCACUGAUCCUGCUGCCUCGGACCCCGUCUCAUCAGAUACGGUGCGUUGGGCACCUGGCGACGCGUACGAGCAAGCGGUUGGGCGACCCGAGUAUGCGGGUAGGGUUCGGCAGGUUGGGCCGAACGUUACUCCUGUUCGCGGGACUUGUUUCUCGCAUAGGGACCGCACACGGGGGGGACCGGCCGAGGGCACGUCUCAGGAUUGGGCUGCUCAUAAAAUUGCGGAGUUGGAGGGCAUAGUGCAGGCCGAGAGGGAGCGGGCUGACAGCAUGGAGCAGCGCAUACGACAGUUUGAUGCUAUGGAGCAGCGCAUGCGACAUUUUGAUGCUAUGGAGCAGCGCAUAAAUGGAAAGGCCGACACAUUACUGUUAAAACGCCCUGUAGAGGAGACUUACAAGGAAGAUAGAAAAAGGCUUACCAUCUUGAAUGCCAAUUGGGCAAUUCUUAGAGGUAAUGAACCAGAAUCGGAAAUAAGUAUGGAAAUGGUGACACAAACAUGCAUGGAAGCUGAGGUGGAGAAGAAGGAAUCGGAUACAUGUGUGACUGGGAGUACUUGA